CUGCGAGUAACGUCGCCCGUGCGAAUUUCUUCGCCUGUGCGAAUCACAUCGCCUGUGCGAAUUUCAUUGCCCCUUGUAGUAACGCUUGCGCUGCUCGCUGCCUUUCUUCCGAGUCGCGGCGCCCUCGCUGCCACUGAUCCCGCUCAAGUCGCCAUUCUAAAGAUCUUUGCUGCAUUAGGCAACCCCAGUGGUCUCCCUUUCAACGCGUGGACGGGGGAUGAUCCGUGUGGGGGAGAUGCGGGGAGCGCAUGGGCUGGCAUCAAGUGCGACACUGGCAGUCCAUAUAAUAUCGUGGCUGAGAUUGACAUUCAGGACGCCAGCCUAUCAGGAGACUUGCCGCCUUCCAUUUUCGACCUCACAUCGCUGCGCUUGCUCAAUUUGGCGCUCAACCCGAAUAUGACAGGCAGCUUUCCAGAUGCACUCGGGAACCUUCUGCAGCUCACCACGCUGGACAUGCAUGGGUGCGGCCUAUCGUGCACCAUCCCAUCCACCAUAGGGCGCCUCACGAGCCUCAAAUACUUCCUGGUCAACCAGAACCGCCUCUCGGGCUCCCUGCCCUCACAGAUCGGCACCCUCCCCCAGCUCUACAUGCUUGACGUCAUGGAGAACCAGCUGGAAGGGGCUCUUCCGACAUUCGAGGGUGCAAACGAGCUCGGGCACCUCCACAUGAGCAACAACCUCUUCACGUCUGUUCCAGCAGAGAUCAGCAGACUGCCCAAACUGCUGCACCUGCUGAUGGACAGCAACCGUCUCACCCAUGACUUUCCACUCGCUUUCAACAACACCAACCUCACUGUCAUCUACUGGAGCCACAACGUGAUACCCAGCCCCCUCCCCUCCACCUGGUUCUUCCCCCAACUCAAGGACUUCCUCAUUAGCAACUGCUCUCUACCCGAACAGCCUCUCCCUUCCUUCCCUGUCUCGCUCAACCUCUCCAACCUCGACCUGAGCAGCAACAGCUUCACAGGCGCCAUCCCGGGCACUCUGUUUGAGCAGCACCCCAACCUCGUCAACCUCAAUCUGGCCAACAAUGCCCUUGACUCAAGUUUACCCUCAGAAAUCACCACUGCUGCCAAGUUGCAAUCUGUCUUCCUAUCCGGCAACCAGCUCAGCGGCGCCCUGCCGGACCUCUCAUGGCUGCCCAGCAUCGUGUCGCUCUCCCUCUUUGACAACUCCCUCUCCUCCCUGCCGCCCGCCCUGCUCGCCAAGAGCAACAACAUCACGCUGCAGCUGUUCAAUAACGAUCUCUGCAAGCCAUUCAAUCCAGACUACACGGAAGUCUGCUCCCCCCCGACCCCCCUCACCCAGUACACCGCCCCUGCCUUCUGCGACGGCCUCGCCUGCCAGAACGACCUCUACAGCCCUAGCGCACCGCUCUAUAACGAGUCGCUCUCCUGCGUGUGUGUGUCCCCGUUAAGAGCCGACCUGGAGCUGUUUAUAUCGGAUUUCGUGGUGUACCAUGAGGAGCUGGUGGCGCAGUUAGAGCAGAGGAUCUUCACUGAGCUCACCAGCAAGUCCCAGAUCAACAUCAGCCGGUCGCAGCUCCUCAUCUCGGCCAUCAGCAGCCCCGCCUCUAUCUACUCGCUCGCCUCCACCUUUGCCUCGGAACACGCAGACCACCAGUCCACGCUCAUCAUCACCGUUCUCUUCUUUCCGCCGGGCGGCGAUGGCAGCUGGUACCCGCGAGACACACCGCAGGCCAUCCGCAACGCCCUCACCUCGCGGGACCUGGCCGUGCGCGUUGCUCUCGGCAACUUUGGGCUCUUUCGAGUCGCAGGAUUCUACGGCCCGGCGCCCUACAACCCACCAUCGCAGCAGCAGUCCUCGUCUGGGCUGAGCACGGGUGCCAUCGUGGCCAUCUCAGUGUGCUCCGCUGCUGUUGCCAUCGCCCUCAUUGUGGCUCUGCUCAUGCGCCCCUGGGAGAGGCGAGGGUGGAGCCAUGCGGACUACGAGGCAUUGGAGGGCAUCACCCUGCAGCACGCACGGCGCUACUCUCUGCGACAGCUGGCAGAGGCAACCAACGGCUUUGAUGACUCGGCCGUGCUGGGGGAGGGAGGCUUCGGCAAGGUGUACCACGGCAUUCUCAACGGCGAGUCGGUGGCGGUAAAGAAAGCGACGGAGAAACGGCGGCACGACGGGGUGGAUUUCAAGAACGAGAUCGAGAUGCUGACAGCCGUGUCACACGGCAACCUGGUGAAGCUCACUGGCUUCUGUGUGGAGAAGGACGAGCAGCUGCUGGUGUUCGAAUUCAUGGAGGGGGGGGCGCUGGACGCCUGGAUCAAAGGUAAGACGGGGCGUGUUCUAUCGUGGAGGGAGAGAAUGCGGAUCGCUCUUGAUGCCGCGAGUGCGCUGCACUACUUGCACAAGGAGAUGAGGCCCGGCAUCAUUCACCGUGAUAUCAAGCCGGCCAACAUUCUGCUGACGGCAUCUCUGGAAGCCAAGGUGGCGGACUUUGGCAUUUCCAAGUCGCUGCCAGAACGGGGCGAGCUGGUGCAGGAGGAGAUCAUCGGCAGCAAGGGCUACAUAGACCCACACUUCGCGGUGUCAGAGGUGCUGACGGAGCGCAGUGACGUGUUCAGCUUCGGGGUGGUGCUGCUGCAGCUGGCCACGGGGCAGCCGCCCGUCAUUCAGGGAGUGCCACUCAGCCAGGUCGUGCUGCACCUCGCCUUCGGCCAAGACGGUCUGCCCGCCGCCAUCGACCCCAAACUCUCUGAGCUUCUAGCCACUGCUACUGCUGCUGGGGGUCUUUUUCCUACUGCUGCUGCAUCAAAUGGUGCUUCCUAUCACAGUGCUGCUGGUAGUGGUGCUGCUGCUGCCGCUGCUGCCGCUGCUGCGGGUGGGGAAGUGAGUGCGGGGGAGAUGGUGGAGGGGUUGGAGGAGACGUUCGGUACGUUCCUGCGGGUGGCGCUGUGGUGCACGGCAGAGCACCCCUCGCUUCGUCCCGACAUGGAGCAGGUCAUAUCUGAGCUGCGCAGCAUCAGGGACCAACUCCGGGCGCUACCUGGGGGAGGUGCUUCUGCGGGCCCCUCAGGGGCAGUCCCAAGUGGUUACAGUGCUGCUGACGUGUCGUUUGCCAGUCGCACCACCAGUGCAGCAGGAGGAGGUUACUCUUCUGCCGCCCGGUCGCCUGAGAGUGGGCUCACAGGGGGCACUGCCAGCCUGUCAACUCUCUGGAACCACAUGCCGGCUUCCAGUGGUCAACUGGGGUCAAACUGGUCAAACUUCCCUGGGAAGCAGGGAGGGGUGGAUGGGUAUGAUGACACCGGCACAAACCAUCAGACCGUCACGGGCCCCCGUGCCCGAUAG